AUGGUUAAAAAGAUUCUUAUCUCUGGUGCAUCUGGUCUCAUUGGUGGUAUACUAAUUAAACAUCUAGCAAAAAAUCCCAAUUAUGAUAUUUAUGGUAUCGAUAAACAUAUUGAAUUAUCGAUACGUUAUAAGCUUGAGAAUAUAUUAAAAUCCGAAGGACAACAACCAAUAUUGCCAUCAAAAGAAAAAUUUUAUAUAUGUGAUAUCACUGAUAAAAAUCAACUUUCGCGUAUUAUAGAAGAUAAUCAAAUUAAUAUUAUUAUUCAUUUAGCGGCAGUUUUAGAAACAGAUACAGUUGAAAAUAUUAAUUAUGUUAAUUGUGAUGGUACUAGCAUUUUAUUUGAUGUAGCAACAAUGCAUAAACAUGUUGAAAUGAUUAUUUAUGGUAGUUCAAUCAGGACUGUUUUUGGCUAUUUAGAAAAUGAACCUUAUUCAUCAUUAGCCAAAAACAUUCAACCAAAACAAUCGCUAAAAAAGAUAACAAUCAACGAUCCUCCGAUACCAUCACACUUAAAUCCAUCUUUCGAAGCAUAUUCUAAUAGUAAAAUAUAUGGCGAAGAAUUAGCUAGACAAUACUCAUCAACUGAUGGAAUCGAUGUUAAAUUUGUUUGUGCACGAUUUGGUUGGAUAAAUACAACUGAUGAUAUAACAUCUGAUCUAUAUGAUUGGUCUGUUAAGUCAAUAUGGUGCAGUCAUCGUAAUUUGUGUCAAUUUAUUGAUCGACUGUUAGAAAACCAAUCAAUACUAAAACAAUUUCAAAUUUAUUUCGUUAUUUCAAAUAAUGAUUUUUGUUGGGUAGAUAUGAGUAAUGGUAUAGAAGAGUUAAAUCAUGUGCCUGUAGAUGGUGCUAAAUGGAAUUAG